GCACAGGUAAAGUGCACGUGAAAGAAAAUUCUAAAAACUCGGUGCAUCUUUCCAGUAAAUGCACAUCGCCUCUUCUUCUUCUUUUUCCCCCCGUUCAGUUGAUUCCUGUCUUCCAACCUGCGUUUUCGCGGAGCUCUCUUCCUUACAACGUUGGGCGUCACGGGUGCACGAUGGCCGCCGCCGCCGCCGCCGCGGAGGAGGAGCUCCCGCUUCUCAUACAGGACUACAGCUGUGCCAACAGCUUCGAAGAGCACGUACGCAUGAUUGAGAAGUACCUCGCCGCUCUCUUUGACGCAGAACCGCUCUUGCAAUCGUUUCUUGUCGCCCCGUCAGGUGCUGCCAGGACGAACACAUCGUCGCCUUUGCGACUGUCAUCGAGCGGCCCCAGCAAGUCGUUUUCUCCGGCGUCCGCCAGCGGUGGCGGCGGCGGCGAUGAAGACGAUGAUGGCAGUGACACGUCCUCCUCCCCCUCUUCUCUUGUGUCCCUCCUCGAGGACAGCACCCAGCACAACCGCACCGCCCUCUCCCGUGUCUUCAGUCACACCAUGACGCUCUACGCACCGCCCCCCUCCUCCACCGCCACCAGUGGCGCCGAUGGAGCCGCACAACUCGACUUGGAGCUUUCGGUGGCGGUCGAGGUGCACGUGCGGGACGCGGCUCACCUCAUCACACAGCAGUAUUGCACCCCGCUCUUUUUCCUCCUUCGCAAAGUCGCGGCCAGCGCCGCCUAUCGCGAGAGUGAAACGACGUAUUUGCUGUCGCUGCUCUCCACCGCGGUGUGGCAGGUGCUGCGCCAGCUCAAAAACCGCGCAGUGCUGCGCAUUGGGGCGUCGACAUCUCCGUCUGGCCUGGCAGUGCCGUUCACGUCAUCCACAACAACAAACACCUCGAUGAUGACUCCGUCGCUCCCGUCUCGAUGUGCCAAAUCUGCCGCGGAAGCCCUCCCCUCCCCCUUCUUCUUUCCGGAUGGCUGCGCGCCGUGUUUUGUACCUGCCGGAGACUCCUACAAGCAGAGUUUUGUGGGCGUCGCCCCACCGCUGCCCACGAUGGGCGGCUCGAUGCCCUCCACUCCACCACCGUCAGCGUCAGCAUCGUCACCUGCGGAGAUGAGCACGGCGGAGUGGAACUUACUCCAUCAGCGCACCUUCACCACGCGUUUCCUCUCCGACGCCUUCGCGCACCCGCCCGAGCACUGCCGCACGCUCGCGGAGUUCAUCGACCUGUUUCUGCUGCACGUGGGGCAGCACAGUCGCAUCCGCAGUGACGACUUCGAGGGAAUUUGCGUCUCCCUCUGGAAGGAGUACGCGCUGCAGAUCCCGUGGAAGUUUCACCCACACGGUCCACCGCCGCCAGACGCAGCGACUGCGGGAACGCGGAAGUCCAAGUCGAGCAGCUCGAAAGGAGGAGCCGCCACGCACGAGACAAGCACCAGCGCGGCCGCCUCUUCUCUCACGUGGGAAGCGGUGCUGGAGCGCGAGAAUGCCUGCACCCGGCUGCUGUCUGGCGCCUUCACCCAUCCCUUUGGAACCACGGCCCCGCCGCUGAAGCAUGUAUUGUUUCGCUUCCAAUGGAACCAACUGCAAGACGUGGAGGCGCAAGAGCCGCACGGCCGAGGCAGCCACUUGAAUCCCUUUCAGUUUGCCACCGCGCCUUCUCCUUCCGGCCCCCUCAGCGCGGCAGCGCAGGCAGCACAGCGGAAGUGCUGCAUCACGGCACAGGCCGUCGCGCGCAACGACGAGGACGUGCAAGGCGGUGUGCGUCAGCGCCUGCACGAGGUGGUGGAACGCAACUACUUCGACUCACUGCCGAGUCUCGCGACGCGCUCACCGACGUCAUCCGAGCCCGGCCGCCCCCCACGAAAAGGGAGGACAGGGGAAGCCAGCAACGCUGGUGGGGUACGUGGCGCCAACGACACGGAGGGAUCGCGACAGAGCCCCACGACACGCUCCAUUCGGCCCGGGGAGAGUGGCGAGAGCGGGGGCGAAUCGGGCGACGCCGGCGGUGGCGACGCGGAAGGUCCUCCGCUGCACGAGCUGGCCGCCCACGUGGUGGAGUGGAGCGGGUCGAACGUGAAUCUGCAGCAGUCGCUGCUCCGUCGCUUCGCCAGCCCUUGUCCAGAAGACCGGCAUGGCGAAGGCACGCUGGAUAAUGCGCCGGACGACGACGACGACGAGGAAGGGCGUGAGGGGCAGACACGCCGUGGUGUGCGAGCGGCUGCCGCCCGGCGUAGCGGCAACGGCGUCGCGCGUCGCCUGCGCACCCUCUGGGAUGAAUGGGAGGCGCACCGACAGCUCUUUCCAAUUAAGAGCACCAAUGCGAAGUCAGAAGGCUCUGCGGAGGAGCAGCAGCGUGGGACGUCCGUUGAAGACGCGGAGUGCGACGCGGCGGCAGCCGCAGCAAAACUAAAAUGGGAAGGACGGAAGCAGCAGCACCUGGAAGGCGGCAGCGGCAGCAGCACCACCGUUGCCUCAGCAAGUGCAAAAGACUUGCGUGUUCAUUACUUUCCUGAAUCUUUCUUUGCCCGUUUCGCUUACGCCUGCGCCACCCAGCUGUCCCACGCUGAAGAUGUUCCAGUGUUGUGGCAGCUGUGCUUGGAUCGCCUGAAGGCGUUGCUUCUCGUACCGUCGAGCAGUGGGAGUGAUGCCACCACAUCCACUGACGAGGAAGAGAAGAGGAGCUGGCGGCGCUUGUUGGACUGCCUGGCCUUGCCGCUUUCCGACCCCCCUGUGGACCUCAGCCAGCCCCUUCUCAGUCAAAAGCUCCAGCUUCUGCGCUUUGCUCUCGACUCGCUGCUUCAUCCCGCCGAGAACAUCUGCGCCGCGGACGGUGUCGACAGGGGUGCGGUUGCUAAAACACGAGACGCAUACGAAGAGACCGGCGAGGUGCCUUCGCCGCCCGCGGUGCUACACCUCAUCACCAAUGGCGAAGUUCUCAUCGCACCGGCGCCGCUGCCGACACCGCCGACGACUUCUGAUCUCGUGCUGCAGCGAGCGAUGCAGCUCAACGCCCUUGGUGCGGCGGCGGUGCAGAGCGCUUCGGCGACGUGGCUGCAGGGCGAGGCCCUCUACAACGACAUGUGCGUCUUCCUCUACGUGAAUAAGGCGCAGGACGGGCGUGUGGUGCGUUUCCCAGACUUUGUGCAGUGGCACAGUCCUCGUGACUUCGUCCCCCCUGCCCUGCCCAACGUAACCGGCGCGGCAACGCGCUCUGACAGCGACUACUUGUCCGAUCGCAUGAAGGAUCAGCCGGAUGGCGGGCGGGGCUCGUCGCACGUGUGGUGGUCGCUGUGGCGCCGCGCCGUCCCCCGCUCCCGCGACGACGUUGUGCGCACCCUCUUCCAACCGCUGGCGGAGGCGACGCGGGUGCUGGACUGGUUGGCCGCUCUCCCCGGCACGGCGCUGCUGCUGGAGGUCGGCAACGCCUGUGUGGCGAACGCGCUGCACCAACUGCUGUGCCACCGUUUUCUUCUCGGCGACACGAGCACGCGCGACGGCGGUGGGCGUGGAGGCCGCGCGCUGAUGAGCGGCGCAUCGGACUGUCGCCACCGCAGCCCCCUCCCCGCCUCUCCGCGGCUGCGGUCGCUGCAUCGCUACGUGCAGGCCAAGUGCACGAGCCUCACCAAAGACCUCGAGGCGGCCUCCGCCAUCUUGGCCAGCAGCGCCGUGGAGGCGAUGGAGCUGGAGAUGCUCCGCACCUUCAUGGCCAACGCCGUACGCGAGGUGGGUGACAUCGAGGUGUGUCUCUGCACGGCGGUGGCGGUGCACUACCUGCUGGGCUUUACCGCCGAUGCAGAGGCGGCGGCCACGGUGCGUGCGUUGUGCGCCCCCAAUAUUUCAACCCAGCAGCCGCUGCGACAGCAAGACGCACUCAGUACACUGCAGCUGCGUACGGUAACAGUGAGUCGGGCGGUGUGGGCAACGUGUUUUGCGAGGCAGUUUGUGCGACCAGAGAGCCAUGUAGUGCAGGAGAGUAUGGUGCGGCUGACCUGCAUGGCAGAGCGUCCCCUGAACACGUGUGGCUGCUUUCAGCAGCUUGUCGUGCAUCAGGACGCGGCGCACACCAUGCGCAUGGCCUUGGCGCUGACAAAAGAAGUCCUGUGA